AUGUUGGCUCAACCCAUAGACCCAGAGCUAACCGCUAAACUGUUAGGCCAUGGAGUGGCCGUCUCCCCGGUAGUAACCGUCGAACCAAGAAGGAGGAAAUUCCACAAGGCCAUAACGUUGAGUAUGCCCGCUCCCAGAGCUCAUUCUCAGGGGAUGAUCAACCAGUAUUCCGGGUCAGCGCCUACUUUGAGGCUGCUGUGCUCCAUCACAGGUGGUACGACUAGAGCACAAUGGGAGGACGUAACCGGUUCGACACCCUUAACCUUUGUCAACGACUGCGUGUCAUUCACGACCACCGUAUCAGCACGAUUUUGGCUGAUGGACUGCAGAAAUAUCGGAGACGCAACCAAAAUGGCGACAGAACUAUAUAAGGAAGCCAUCCACGUGCCGUUCAUGGCCAAAUUCGUCGUUUUCGCAAAACGCGUUGAUCCGCUAGAAGCUAGACUGAGAGUAUUCUGCAUGACAGACGACAAAGAGGACAAAACCCUGGAGCAACAAGAGCACUUUACAGAGGUCGCCAAGAGCAGAGACGUAGAGGUACUGGAAGGAAAGUUACAGUACGUAGAGUUUGCCGGCAACUUGGUACCAAUUACGAAGAGCGGAGAACAGCUGUCGUUCUCGUUUAGAGCUUUCAGAGAAAAUCGACUACCGUUUUCAGUCAGGGUAAAGGACCAACACGCCGAAGCAGUCAGCAGAUGUUUGUUUAUGAAGGAAUCAAAGGUACCGAAAGGGGAACCCCCUCAACAACCCAUCUGCAUACUCAACAUCGUCCUACCGGACGACAUUGUCACUGACACCAUCUCCCUGACAGACACGGAUUCCCUCAAGAAACACACCUUCCUUUCGGAGAACUUCGACUACUUCCGACCGGACCCGCGACUAGCAGACAUGAGCAACCUCCUGGGAGAGGACUGGGUACCUCUGGCUAACCAACUAGGUCUUACCACAUCCGAGAUAAACGUCAUCAAGUCCGAGUAUCCCGACAGCGUCGCCAAGCAGGCUCAGUCGAUGCUGAGGAUGUGGCUGUCACAAUCCGGCAACAAAGCACAAACCAACACUCUGGAGAACGCCCUUAAGAGGAUAGGAAGGGAGGACAUAAUACCCCAGUGCCUAAAUGUCGACCACACCGGUCAGACGAUCACUAGGAUAAAACAAGAGGAGAUAGGAAAAUAUAGACUGAAAAAAGAUAUAGAUAUUAUAGACAAAGACGUAGUGAGAGAUGAAAUCGUUGAAGCGAAAGUCGUAGCUGAUAAAACUGAAGCUAAGAGGAAGCUAGACGCUUACGACAAGUACUCAGCAGAAGAGAAGGCGGUGGAGAAAUCCGACGAGGAUGAAGAAGAAUCGUUUGACAAGCCGGUGGCCGAGCGAAGGGAGCAGAUAGAGAAGCGGCUCUCCGCUGAAAGAACCAUUCCUGCCUCUUCACAGAGACGUGAAAUCGUCCAGGAGAUAACCUCGAUCAAGCGACAGAGCAUCGUCGAAGACAAGAUCGCGGAAGUCCAGCAAAAGACGACACCCGAACAAAAGACCACACCAGAACAACCAAAACCACCAGAAUCUAAGAAAACCACCACGACCAAAACCACAACCGUCACGCCGGACGCGCGGACAGUCACCGAAACCGUCGAAGUUAAAACCACAAUUCCAUCUGACGGUAAAGUUUCGGGGGCAGUGCCGCAGUUCGAGGAGAUGAAGACCACCACCACCACAGUUGUGACGGAAACGCGCACAGUCAUACCGAAUGAUACCACACACAGAACCGCAGACGACGCGGAGCUUUUGGAGGGAGUGACCCUCAGCCUGGAGAAGACCAAGGCGCCGGUGUCGAAGCUGAUUGCCGACGAAGAUCCGAGAUCACCGAUGUUCUCCAAAACUCCGCCCCCGAGUCCAGCUGACUUCUUGAUAAGGGAACAGGCAGCCACGGUCCAAGCAGCAAGUGCGUCACCGCAGGAUGACGACGAUUCUUUGGAUACCGAUGGCUUCCGCGAAGACCAAUGCCUUCUAGAAACUCCUACCCCGAGCGAAGACUACUCUUCCGGCUCGAGAUCUGAGUACGACGGCGAUCACAUCGCCACCAAAGAGAUAGAAUCCCAGGAGGUGACGGACUACGACAACAUACGUCAGUAUUAUCAGUAUCAAGCUAAAUUAUUUUCCGGUCAACGUAAGCGUCUAGCUUCCAGCGAGGACCUAGACUUCGAUGUGAUAGAAACUUCCGUAAACACUACCUCCAAUAUACUGCCUUCCAAUUUACCUAAUAGUGAGUUAUCGGGAAUUGUAAAAUUAGGUUUAGAUAGUUAUAAGUUAAUAGAGUCUGACCCUGUCCGACCUGGUAAGCUGCUGAUCCUGGGAUACACGUCCCCGGAAGAGAAGGGUGCUAAGGAUUCGAAGAAGCCAGAGGACUGGGAAAGGAAAGAAAGAAAGACUGUUGAAAGACUGCAAGGUGGGGCUGGCAAGGACAAGAUACCCCCGUCCGAGGAGCAGGUGCACUUGAAGACGACGCCCGACAAGAAGAUAUCCAUUUCUUACACGGAAGUGACCAAGGAUUUGGAGUCGAUAGAGAAAACGUCGCAUACCAACAUAGAGAAAGGCACUAUAGGAAUGAUCCACAGAACGGCGGCGGUAGAGCGUCCCGGACUGAAAGCCUACACCGAAAGAGGUAUUACAAACGCUUAUAGUAAAGAUAGUGAUACUACGAGUCAAAUAAAUUCCGACGUAACUGUGAUCGAUAGGAAAGAUAAGUCUAGCCAUGUACACCGGAGCACGUCUCCGAUUUUGAAUAAGGACAUUACCCCCUCUCCCGACAACUCCCCUCCCACCGUAGCCGAUGUGACCAAGCCUACUCUAGAGUUAAUUAUCGGACGCAAAGAAGUGCGCACCAAGGAAGCUCUGGCUACGGCGGAGAGCCGACUUACCUUGUACGGCACGAAGGACGUAGAGAUUUCGAUAAAAUCCCAGUCUCACAUAUCCGUAACCACCACCAGACGUGACACGUCUGGUACGGAGACUUCUGAGAGAUUCGACGUCGGAAUGUCUACAACUGCCGGCAAGGACAAACAGUCGCCCGAGAAUAUCCAAAUGGCCUACGUGGACAAACACGGGGCGUUCAUAAUACCCCCCGUGGGUCUGGAGACGACGCAGAAGAAGCGAGAGGAAACCGUCAACUUCAGCGGAACGAAACAAGUCUAUACCUACCACGACAGCACUACGGAUCACGACUUGUCUCAGAUGGUGUCCCCAGUAAGCGAAAGUCUAUCCCACCACAUUACCGAUACAGGUAUCUCUCUAACCAGAGGUACGACGACUGGUACCAUCACGAGUCCGGUGGAACAGCCACACGGUACGUUACCGGGUCAGGUGACCACCGGCUUCAUUUCAGAUACAGCCGCAGAUGGGGAAAUCGAGGAAUACGAAUGUACCGAUGCCGGUUUGAGCCCGAUACAGGCGGACGAAUUACCCACCCACGAACUGGAGGAGGAAGUGACGCAGUUCACUGACGCUGGGACCAGUCCGGUGGAGUUUCCUGAAUCUACGUCCAUGCCGCUGUCCCAAGUGGAUACCUCUGAAGCGGCGACAAUAACGGAUCACAUCGGAAUGAAGGAUUCUUCUUGUAGUCCCAUAAAACACGAGGAAAGUCCCCCCAUCUCUGCAGCCGAGAAGCUCAAAGAUGAGGAGAUUCUAGAGAAGAGAAGAGGUUCCGGCGACGUAAAAGCGAAAAUUAAAAUGCUGGAGGAACAAGCGAGUAAAUCGCCGCAUAAGGAAUACAUUCGGAAGAAGCGUGAAAUUGUUGACUCUGAAGACGAACUGUCUAGCAUGAAAGAAGAGGAAGCCUUCAGAGGCUCCACGGAAACCCUAGCUCAACUUGACGAUGAAGAGUACAGAAUGGAAUCAAUAACUGAACAAAUUGUAAAAGAACAAGUCGAAGAAAUAUACACGGAGCCGACAGAACCAAAACCCAAACACGUCACGCCCACCCACACUAAACAGGUUGGUAGAAAAAUCGCGGAAUUGCAAAAAAUAUUUUCCAGCGACUUAGACAGUAGCUUUGACGAGGAUUCUACUAAAUCUCCUGUAAAAAUAGCUAAAACAAAAGAAAAAGAAAUAGCAAAAACAAUUCCAGACGAUGAGAAAAUUAUAGAAAAAGAUGUUAUUAAAAAGAAAGCAAUAACAGUUAAAGAAGAUGAAGUAAAACCUCCUCAAAAAAUUGUUACUAAAGUGAGAUUCGAGGACAAAGUAGAUGUGGGCGAGGUGAAACCAAUUGCUGAAGUCGAUCAAAACGAUAUCGGCACAGAAGCGGAAGAUGAAAUCGACGAAGUUUUCAAAUCGGUUAAAGAUAAAAAAUCUAUGUUUGAACAACUGAUUUCAAGAUCUCAGGAAUCUACACCCGUAAAGAAAUCAUAUAAGCGGCACGUAGAAGAAUCAAGGAAAGUUACAGAUGACAAAAAAGAGCACGCUGAGAAGCAGGUAAAGGAAACGGUAGUGCAAGCAAAAGCUACACAAAAGAAAGUUGAAGAAGACAAAGAAAAGAGACCAUUCGUCGAAAAGGAGUACUCGGAGCAAGAAUUGAGUAAAUGUUUGGUAGGUAUCGAACAACAGCUUGUAGAAGUUGAACAAGGCAAGUCAGUACGUACUACAAUCGACCUAAAAGGGGACGAACUAUGUGAGGAGCCAAUUUGCAUCAAAGUUCACGUGGAACCAAAAAUACCUUCCCCGAUGGUGUAUGAACCUCCACAACAGUUGGUCGAAGAACCUAAGGAAGCAGAACAAAUAUGUCCAGUUACAUCCGAUGAAUUAGAAAACAUAGUUACUGAUCAAAUUCACGCUGUGGAGAGCAUAACCAAACCUGGUUCAGAAGUAGCUGAAAAAUUCGUCUCCCAUGAACCAGAAAUUCCUUCAGAUCGAAUGCCGGAAGCUACUAGACCAAUUCAGAGCGAAAUAAUAAAAGAAGCAAUAGUGUCACACGCUAAACUGGUGUCUACAAUAGCAUUACCAACAGAAAUAAUUGAAUCUGAUCAAAUCCAAAGUGUAAUAUCUUUACCACUGGAAGCAACUACAGACAAAGAAUUAGAAGAAAAGAUUGUAGCAGAUGAAAUUGCAGAUAGAACAUCACCAAAAGUAUUAGACUUGACAAAGAUGGAAACCAAAGUUCCAACCACGGAACAGGAAGUUAGAAAAAUUAUGUCCGAGGUUUUAGAAGCAUCAAAGAAAAUUAGAGAAGAUGUAAAAGAAUUAAAACCAGAUCUCACACCUACUCCAGAAGGUCAGUUAGUAACUCUUUUACCAUCCACUCAAGAAGCUUUCGAUGUAACCAUCAUAACAAAAGUUCAGAAAGACAUUGAGAAUAUAAAAUCAGCCGCAGUUAUGCCUAAAACAUCUGAAGAUGCGGAAGUUGUAGAAGCAAUCGAGAAAUACGUAACACCAGCAGAACUACUAACAAAAAUUAAAAAGGAGAAAGAUUCCGCAACAGAAACCGAUAUUAGGAGGUUCUAUAAACCUAAGGUAGAAUUAGCUGAUGCAGUGCCAAUCAAAAUUAUUACAGACAAGAUGACAGUAAAGGUAGUAGAUAAAAUAAUAGAAAAAAGAGACGUAAUUACUAAAGACACGGAAAAGAUAGUGGAAAAGAAAAUAGAAUCGGAGCAAAAACCAACAGAACUCAUAAUGGAAAAUGAAAUAUCAAUUGAGGAGGUAAAUAAAUACAUUGAAAGAGAAAAGCCAAUCGCCAAAACAAGAGACAUAGAACACAUCUUCAAAUCUACAGCGGUAACAUCUACGGGAACAGUAAGAACAUUGGAAACGGAAAAGGAAGAUUACAAAGAGUCAAUACUUCCAGACGGUAUUGAAAAAGUCGAUAUUAAACCAUCAAUGGCCGAAACAGAAGGUAAAGUGACAGAAACGAAAAAGGAAACAACAUAUGUCACUGAUAAAGCUGACAUGAGAGAUAAAUCAGAGCUAAUCGGGGAAAAAGAACUAAAAAAAGAAAAGGGAACACAUGUUCAACAGAUCAGGAAAAUGUUCGAAAAAGAAUUUAUCCAGGAAACAAGAGAGGAACAAAAACCGAAAAUACCAAUACUGAGGAAACAUAAAACUGCUGAAAAAGUUGAAGUAAUGGAAACUGCCAAAAAGGAUAUUUCACAGAAAAUCAUUGAAAAGGGGAUAUCACCAACAAAAGAAAAAGUAGAGACUGAAAGAUUUAUAAUUAAGGAAAUCAUAGGAAAAGAAAUUACAGAACAAACCAUCGAAAAAGAGAGAUCUCUAAGAAGGGAAGUUGAACAUGAAAUUAUUGCAAAACCAACAAAAAAAGUAGACAUUGCGGAAGCAGAGGUCGAGGUAACGGAAAUUAUACAAAAAGAAGUUACACAUAAAAUAGGUGAAAAGGAGAAAUCUCCAACAAAGGAGGCUAAGCUUGCAGCCAUUAUAAAACCAACAGAGAAGAUUGAAAAGGCAGACACUAAGGUAAAAGAAAUUAUAGAAAAAGAAAUUACAGAUGAAAUUAUUGAAAGAGAGAAAUAUCUAACAAAGAAGACUGAAGCUGAGAUCGUUAUAAAAUCAAAAGAAAUAACGAAGAUCGAAAAAGAGGAAGUUAUAGAAAAACAAAUUACAGAAAAAUUUGCCAAAGAAACAUUUGAAGCAAAAGAGGCUGAAAUGGAACUUAAGAUAAAGAAAACUAUGGACAAAGAUAUCACAAAGGAAAUAGUAGAAAAAGAGAAAUCACCAUCACAAGAAGUUGAUGCUAAAACCGUUAUAAAACCAACGGAUCCAACUAAAAUUAAGGAAGAUAUAGAAAAAGAAAUUACAAAGAAACUUGUCGAAAAAAAGAUAUCUCCACUGAAGGAGAUUGAACCUAAAACCAUUAUAAAACAAACAGAGUUUGAGAAAGCAGAGGUAAAGGAAAUGAUAGAAACAGAGAGUACAGAUAAAAUUACUGAAAAGGAGAAAUCUCCAACAAAGGAAACUGGACCUGAAGCUGCUAUGAAACCCAAAAAAAUAGAGGAGAUUGAAGAGACAAAAGUUAAAGUAAAGAAAAUAGAAAUAGCGAAGAUCAAAGAAGAGGAUGUUAAGGUAAAGAAAAUUAUAGAAGAGGAAACUUUAGAGAAAAUUGACAAGGACGAGAGAUCUCCAACAGUGGAGGUUGACCCUGAAAUCACUUUACAGCCAGCAGAAGUCAAGGUAUCUCUAGAGAAAGAAAUUACAGAGAAAAUUGCGGAAAAAGAGGAAUCUCCAACACAGAGAAUUGAACUUGACACAAUUACGAAACAAAUAGACAUGGAAGAGAUUGAGAAAGCAGAAGUUACUAAGAAUUUCCGGCAAAGGGGGUUCAACCUGAAGCCAUUACAAGGCCAACAGAAAAAGUAG